CUUUCACCUUCGGUCCCAGCACGUCCCGACCUCAGGUCGGGGCCACUAGAGUCCGGGGUCCCUGGGAGCUCGGGGUCCGCUACCCCUAGCGUCCUGGGCGGGGGACCGAGGUGCGCAGGAGCCACGUCCACCGAGACCAUGCGGAAGCCGGACGGGAAGAUCGUGCUGCUGGGGGACAUGAACGUGGGUAAAACGUCUCUACUUCAGCGUUACAUGGAGCGUCGCUUCCCGGACACGGUCAGCACCGUGGGCGGUGCCUUCUACCUGAAGCAGUGGCGCUCCUUCAACAUCUCCAUAUGGGACACCGCAGGGCGGGAGCAGUUCCAUGGCCUGGGCUCCAUGUACUGCCGCGGGGCGGCCGCUGUCAUCCUGACGUAUGAUGUGAACCACCCUCAGAGUCUUCUGGAGCUGGAGGACAGGUUUCUGGGCCUGACGGAAACAGCCAACAAUGACUGCUUGUUUGCCAUUGUGGGGAACAAAGUGGACCUGGCCUUGGAGCGGGCCACAGAGGGCGGGGAGAAAGAAGGAGAGGCUUCUGGGAAGGCGGGCAGCUGUGUCUCCUCCAAGGUACCCAGGCAGGUGCAGCCAGAGGAUGCCAUGGCCCUUUACAAGAAGAUCUUGAAGCACAAGAUGCUGGACGAGAGGGAGAUGCCAGCCGCCGAGCGGAUGUGCUUUGAGACCAGCGCCAAAACCGGGUACAACGUGGACCUCCUGUUUGAGACUUUGUUUGACCUGGUGGUGCCCAUGAUCUCCCGGCAGAGGGCUGAGGAGCCAUCCCAGAUUGUGGAUAUAGCCAGUUGCAAAGCACCCACACGGACUAGAUCUGGGUGCUGCACCUGAUGGCUGAGGUCUCCCUCCUGUCUCCUGGCACGUGGGAGCACCGGGCUCAGAGGUUUCACGGAACACUGUUUAUAGAGUGGGUGGACAUGAACACCAGCUGCGGAUACAGGCCAAGGUACCCAGCUACCUCUGGGUAUCGGGAGGUGGUACGGAAACCCUCUGCAGAGCCAGCCUGGUUCCGCCUUGUGUACUGCCCCGUGGGUAUCAGCGACAAUCACGGAGCCUGCAGUCUGGGGACCCGCCUUGGAUUGGGCUUGACUCUCACGAUCCCUGGUCACUACAUCUGCAGUCUGCACUGUCGUCUGUGAUUUCCCGUUUGAUACCUGCACCCGAUGCAUUGUCAUGCCAAAUCUCCACAUUUAAUUUAUACGAAAUCAGGAAGGGCUGUUUUUAUACCGGGUGAAGCUGGGCGGGCUACGUGUUAUUAAAAAGGAUUUGAGGAAAA